AUGUUUACUCGAGGUAAAUUUAAUCGUUUAACAAGAAAUGAAUAUAUACCGGAGAUAAUUAUCAUCAUCAGUAUUCUUAUUAUUAUUCAUGUUUGUAAUACAUAUUAUGAAUAUACUGGUAAUCAAUAUAUAUUAAUAGAUAAAAAUGAUUUGAAUGAAGUUUGUCAACUAUAUCCAUCUACACUUCUAGGAGGUAAAGAAGAAAUUAUUAUGUCAGAACAUAUAGAAUGGUCAGAUAAUCCUAAUGUACAGAAAGGUGGAAUUUAUUCACCAAAUGAUUGUAAAUCUCGUGAAGAUCUUGCAAUUAUUAUACCAUUUCGCAAUAGAGAAUAUCAUCUUAAAUUAUUAUUGAAAUAUUUACACCCAUUUCUUCAACGACAAAAACGGUCGUAUCAAAUAUUUGUUGUAGAACAGAUAGGCAAUAUUACCUUUAAUAAAGGUGCAAUAAUGAAUGUUGCAUUCCAAGAAGUUCUGAAAAUUCGUUCAUCAUUUGGUUGUUUUAUAUUUCAUGAUGUUGAUCUUUUACCUGAGAAUGAUUAUAAUGUUUAUGAAUGUGAUCCAAAAACUCCUAGACAUUUAUCACCAGCUGUUGAUGAAUUACGUUAUGUAUUAAUGUAUAAUCAUUUGGUUGGUGGUGUAUUAGCGCUGAAUAAAGAACAAUUUAUGAAAGUUAAUGGAUGGUCAAAUUUAUAUUGGGGUUGGGGAGCAGAAGAUGAUGAUAUGGCAGAAAGAAUACGUAAUUCAAGUUAUUAUUUAAGUCGACCACCAAAUUUUAUUGGUCGAUAUAAAAUGAUUCGUCAUGAAAAACGUGAACGUGCUGUAAAUCGUUAUGAAUUACUUAAUAAUUGGCGUCGAUAUUUAAGUGAUGGUAUAAAACAAUUAGAUCUACUUAAUUAUACAAUAACUAGUGUACAUAAAGAAAACUUAUAUACUCAUAUUUUAGUAAAUUUAACACGUUCAUCAACAGAUAGAUUAGAACAUUCAAUUGAAUAA